AUGACGUUAGUAGCCUUAGAACAAUUUCUUUUUUCCAGAAAAGGACGUUUUCAACACAAUUACAGUCAGCUCAUUAAUUCAACACAAAGAAGAUAUGACACUGGUGCAAAAGAAGCUCUUGCAAUUGUUUUAUCAAUUAAACGAAUGAGACAAUAUUUACUUGGACGCGAUAUAAUUAUAUACACUGAUGAUUGUCCACUUUGCGGAAUGCAAAAUAAAACUCUCCGUAAUACGUUGGCCAACAGAAUCUCAAUUUUAUUGCAAGAGUAUAACAUUAUUCGAAUUAUUCAUAUUCAAGGAAAGAAAAAUUGUCUACCGGACUAUUUAUCUCGCCAUCCAAUUGAAUUUAAUGAUCAGGACCUCAUUGAUCCAGAUUAUGGGCUUCACGUUAAACCACCAUCGUCUUCGUCUGUUAUUUCUGUUAGUGGAAGGUCACAGCCUUUAAAGGUGUCAGUGACUGGAGCAGUCACAACAAGGUUGCAAACAAGAAGAGCUCAACAAGAGCAAACUACUGAAACAUCUCCAAAUGGUUCCACUUCUGAUCAAGAUUCAAUCGAUUUAAAAUCUACUCAAAAAUUCAAUUGUAAUAAAUUUGAUAUCAGACAGCUGAAAAUCGAACAGGAUAAAGAGUCUACCAUUAAAUCAAAAAUAGAUCAAUUGAAGAAAGACCCCAAUAAAAUCGAUUUUGUCCUCAAAGAUGAUAUUUUGUAUAAGCUCGUUCAGCCCAAAUAUUCUAUAUGUAAAAAACCUGUUCCGUAUAUACCACCAUCAAUGAUUCCGCCUUUACUUGAAGCUUCCCAUAAUGAUCCGCUUUCUGGUCAUUUUGCUACUCAUCGUACACUAGGUGGUAUUCGCCUAUAA